AAAAACAUCGUGGGCUCUUUCCCCUCGCAAUUUUUUCGGGCUGAUAUAAAUACGCCUUCCCGGUGGGCAAUGCGUUUCAUUCGUAGCUUCAACCUCCAGAGCGGCCAAAGCGAUCAAGAGACCUCUCUAGCUCUUUGCCCGUAGAUCGAUGGACUGCAUGACGACCGCUGUCACCGCCACCGCCACCGUCACCGUCACCGGCGGCAGAGAAAAAAGCGGCAGCAAGAAUCCGAGCAGGAGGGAAGGAUCGGACGGAUAUAUGGGCGUCGCAAUUCACAGCCAAGUGAUGAAAAUAAAACAAGAAAUAGAGAAGAUCAAGCACCCUUCGCUCCAGCACGUAGAGAUCAGACCUAUCUCUCUUCGAGAUUUCACACGCCAACGCCAACGUUCUCGAUCUCCUCUUGGAUUGUCCAAUAGGGCAAUCCCCGUCGGCAACGCUUAGCUUAAACAUAUAUGAAGUGUGUGCGUGUUUGUGUAUCCAUACACACUAUGUAAACUUUUUGAGAGGUACAUCAUAGUUUGUGUUAGUUUUCCUUUUCCUUCUGCUUUUUUCUGGGUUUGGUUCUGUGCUCUGGGUUUAUUUGUACAUGCUUUACGCUAGAGAAUCUCGCGACGUAGUUUCAUCUCUCUCUUCACCAUAAAAAAUCCCUUCUCUGUUUCUCAUAUCACCGCAGAGCAUGGCUUCAGGAUUUUGAGGCUCGGGGUGUUCUUUUUUCUGUUCUAAUUUCAACUGCGAAAUUGAAAGAGGCCAUGUUUACGAAA